GCUAACGCUGAAAAUGUCCAGAGGAUCGUGUUACUCUCUACGCCCCAUCUUUAAGCCCCAGUCACUGCGCCGUUAGCCGCGGGACAACGGAAGAAAGUAGCCCACAGGACACCGGUCGCUGGCUGAGAGAAGGCUCAACACUCAUGCCUUGAGAAAGGAAAAGAUUUCGAAUUUACCUUUGGGUCUAAAAAUGAUCGAAACAAUGGAUACACAGCGUGCCUUGCAGGCGGUGGAGCGUCUCCAGGCCAAACUGAAAGAGCGGGGGGAGGUUCCCACAGAGGAGAAGCUCAGCCUGCUCAAAUCAGUGCUUCAAAGCCCCCUCUUCCACCAGAUCCUGGCCCUGCAGAAGUCUGUGCAGCAUCUCAAAGAGCAGGGUAUCGUACCAUCAUCAAGAGGGGGUGACUUUAGUGACCAAAGCCCAGCAGUCCAGUCCAAUGGCAGCCAUCUUUCUUACUGCGACAUGUCAGCUUCGGCUCUCAUCAAUGGGAAAACAUCCUCAGAAGAAUUUGAACAAAUGAUCCGCUCUAUGGCACAGGGACGCUAUGUGACACAUGUGGAACUACAAAAACCAGUGUCAGGAGGUCUUGGCUUCAGUGUGGUGGGACUUAAAAGCGAAAACCGUGGAGAGCUUGGCAUAUUUAUUCAAGAAAUUCAACCUGGAAGUGUUGCUCACUGCGAUGGGAAGCUCAAAGAAGCUGACCAGAUCUUAGCCAUCAAUGGCCAGCCCCUGGAUCAGACAGUGACCCACCAGCAAGCUAUAGGCAUCCUGCAGAGCGCGUCGGAGAGGGUGCAGCUCACAGUGGCUAGAGGGCCAAUACCUCAGCUGACCAGUCCCGCAGUGUCCCGCACCCCUUCUGCUGCCAGUACACUGUCAGCCAAAUCCAGUGCGUGGCAGCACGUGGAGACAAUUGAGCUGGUGAACGAUGGAACUGGUCUUGGCUUUGGCAUUGUUGGAGGAAAGACUACAGGAGUUAUUGUCAAAACUAUACUCCCUGGAGGCAUUGCUGAUCAGGAUGGGCGCCUUCGUAGUGGGGACCACAUCUUAAGAAUUGGAGACACUGACCUGUAUGGUAUGGGCAGCGAACAGGUGGCCCAGGUCCUCCGGCAGUGUGGCAACAGAGUGAAGCUGGUUGUCACCAGGGGUCCCGUGGAGGAGACUCCCUCUGCUGUCAUGUCUGUGCAGCUCCCAACUGUCACUGAACAGCAGGGCAGUGAGGAAGAGGAGGCUGAUGCAUUUGAUGUGAGCUUGACCAAAAAUGCACAGGGACUGGGGAUCACUAUUGCUGGUUAUGUAGGAGAUAAAAAUUCAGAGCCCUCUGGUAUCUUUGUUAAGAGCAUAACAAAAGACAGCGCUGUAGAUCAAGAUGGCCGUAUUCAUGUUGGAGACCAGAUAAUAGCUGUUGAUGGUGUAGACAUUAUGGGAUACACCAAUCAACAGGCGGUGGAAGUACUCAGACACACUGGUCAAACAGUCCACCUAAAGCUGAUCCGGCGGGGCUUCAGACCCGACGAGAUCCCCCCUGCUGUGGCCCCCAGUGUCACCGUCCUGUCCCCUUCCGCCACCAUCCCAACCACCGCCACUGUGUUAAAGGAACUGGAGCUGGAGAGGCAGAAGACAGAUGAGCCUGUUCAAGCCACUGCAGAUGAGAGACAGCUCCAGACAAUGAAUGACGGAUCUGAUGUCAGCGCGGUAACGGAUCAGCUAACAACAGACAAACAUGCAUUAAAGUUAACACCUUUAGAAGAAGAAGAACUAAUGAAGAAGUGGCAGGAGAUUCUUGGUCCGAACAAUGAAGUUGUGGUGGCUCAGGUGGAGAAGUUCACUGAGAACAGUGGGCUGGGCAUCAGUCUAGAAGCCAACAGUGGCCAUCACUACAUCCGCUCCGUCCUUCCUGAAGGACCUGUUGGCUGCUGUGGAAAGCUGUUCAGUGGAGAUGAACUGCUUGAGGUCAAUGGUAUUUCCCUCAUUGGUGAAACCCACAAAGAAGUGGUGAAAAUUUUGAAGGAGCUUCCAGUCUGUGUGUACAUGACUUGCUGCAGACCUGCUCCUGAUGUUCCGACUGACAUUGAUCCCGUCCUACCAGAGUCAAAGACUUUGCCCACAGCACCAAUAUUGAAGAAUCAAAUAGACCUGAGCAUUGCACUGGUUGCUGAAGACUCUGAGGUGAAGACGGGAGCAGCAACACAGGAUAACGUGACAGCGGAGCCAAUAGGAUCGUCUUUGGCUAUGUGGGAGUUGGAGAUCCAGAAUAUUGAGCUGGAAAAGGGAGAAAGUGGAUUGGGAUUUAGUAUUUUGGAUUACCAGGACCCACUGGACCCUUCAAAGACUGUCAUUGUGAUACGCUCUCUGGUUCCCAACGGUGUUGCAGAGAGGGAUGGCAGGCUGUUACCAGGAGACCGACUCAUGUAUGUUAACACCACAAACCUGGAGAACGCCAGCCUGGAGGAUGCUGUCCAGGCCCUUAAGGGAGCUAAACUUGGCAUGGUCCAGAUUGGUGUUGCAAAACCGCUGCCUGGAAUAUGUGGAUAUUCCCACUCUCCACACCCAUAUGGUGAGCAGGAAAUAACUUCAUCAUCCACCAUCCAUUCAUUUGACUUCAACAAUAUUUUGGUUGAAGAAGGAGAAGAAGAAGAAUUGACUGAAGGCAUCCUUUACCGAGCAGAGCCUGCAUUGGUUGACACCAGUGAAGGAGACCUGUCUGAUGAGAAGUUUUUCGACCAUACUUAUUCUGAACUCGAGGAUGACACUUUCCAAGUAUCCAUGAUUGCUCUCCAUGGGAGCAGCUGUGGUGCUGACCUGGAUUAUCUGCAUUCAUCCACACCUAAGCAGACAGCUUACCUGAACGUGCUGGAUGAACAUCCCGGCUUUGCAGACAACACUCAAGAAUUCUCUCCAGAACAGUCAGCCCCUUACACUCCCGCGAGUCUGACAGGUCACAUCCCGGCUAUUAAUGCCAUUCUAAGCAGCUCUGAUCAAUACUUGGCACAGCACCCAUCAGGAGCCAGAGAAGAAGCGGAGCGCUCCAACUCCUUCAGCCCGUUUGCUGAAACAGGGACCAGAUCCAGUGGUCAAGAUUCACCCACGGAGUCGCUUCUCUUUCAGGAACCUGAAAUAUCUUUUGGUGACAUUGGGAAAAUGAUUUUGAAGGAUGAAGAGGCUGGUGUGAAAGAAUCCACAGAAGACAGUGACAAAGCAGCAAUGACCUCAGGGAACAAUUUUGAAAGGACUAUUACAGUUGUAAAGGGCAACUCCAGUCUCGGGAUGACUGUCAGUGCCAUGAAAGAUGGUCUGGGAAUGCUGAUCCGCAGUAUAAUCCACGGGGCGUCCAUUAGUCGUGAUGGCCGUCUUGGGGUUGGUGAUCUCAUCCUGGCUAUUAAUGGGGAGCCCACCACCAACUUAACCAACGUGCAAGCUCGAGCCAUGCUCAGAAGACAUUCUCUCAUUGGACCAGACCUGGGAUCUGCUUGUGCACCCGAGGACGAUCUGUACCCGUUUUAUGUCAUUAAGUACGUCCCAGCUGAAUAUCUGGAGGAGUACAAGGCCAGCUUAGCCCAAGAUAAAGAGGAUGUCUUCUUAGAAGCAGCUCCGCUCUCACUUCCACCACCAAAAGAUAUCCCUAUCCUCCCUGAGCGUGAAGAUGGCGAGGGGGAAGAGAGUGCCUCUUAUAACAACUGGAAUCAGCCCAGGAAAGUGGAGCUUUUCAGAGAGCCAGGCAAGUCCCUGGGGAUCAGUAUUGUUGGAGGCAGAGGAAUGGGCAGCCGGCUGAACAAUGGAGAAGUGAUGAGAGGCAUUUUUAUCAAGCACAUCCUGGAGGACAGUCCUGCUGGGCAGAACGGCACUCUGAAGACAGGGGACAGGAUUGUAGAGGUGGAUGGAGUUGACUUAAGAGAUGCCAGUCAUGAGGAGGCAGUGGAAGCCAUACGUAGGGCAGGCAACACAGUUUCUUUCCUGGUUCAGAGUAUUAUUCACAAACCAAGGCAACAGUCAUCGAUAACAGACUCCAGUGAGGAGAGAGCUGCACAUGUAACAAGGGACUGCAAGGACAAGCUAGUGAAGCGUGAAGCAGCAAAGGCAUCUUCCACCAACACCGUCCUCCCACUGCCAGUGUUGCCCCAUGUGGGAGAGAGUGAUACGGAUGCGCUCACAGAGAUUCCCAGCAGACCUGCAGAGGCAUUCAAAGAGAACAAGGAGGAGGAAGAGGAGGAUGAGUUUGGAUACAGCUGGAAGAACAUAAUACAGCGCUAUGGCCACCUCCCAGGGGUCUUACACAUGAUCGAGCUGGAGAAAGGAAAGACAGGCCUGGGGCUCAGCCUGGCAGGAAACAAGGACCGCUCUCGCAUGAGUGUGUUUGUGGUGGGGAUAGAGCCCAGCGGGGCCGCUGGCGAGGACGGACGUAUGGUCGUGGGGGAUGAGCUGCUGGAGAUCAAUGGAGAAGUUCUUUACGGCCACAGCCACCAGAAUGCAUCAUCCAUAAUCAAGAGCUCCCCAUCUAAAGUUAAAAUCAUCUUUAUCAGGAAUACGGAGGCGCUGAACCAGAUGGCUGUGGGACCAGUGAGAGAGCACGAGGCAGACACAGCAGAGCCCCAUGCUGAGAGCGUACCAACUGUCGCUGUAAUCGCACAGCCAGAAACGACGGCUUCUAAUGGCGAUGAUGAUUCAAAGUCCCUUCAUCACAUCAUAAAGCCGAAGGAGGAUGGAGGAAUUGGCAUUGCUUUUGUUCAGGGAAACACGGAUAGCGGAGUGGAGAUUCAGAGUAUCUCCGAAGUGAUGGGACACUCUGAAAAAGAAGGCUGCAUGAAACCGGGGGACAAACUCUUAGCUGUGAAUGGUGAACCAGUGUUGGGAUACAGUGCUGAAAAGGUCAAUUCUCUGCUGAGAAAAGCCAAAGGUCCAGUGAAGCUAACUUUUUCUACAAAUGAGACCCCCACCUCCUUCUCCUCUUCACAGUCAACAUGUGAGGACAGGAAUUGCUCGGAAGAAGUGUCCACCAGCUUCACCAGCGUGCCAGGCAUCACCAUAACAACCACAGCUCAACCAGAAGCAGAGGACGCCACCAGUUUUAGUUGCUCAUCCAUCCCUUCCACCCUGGCCUGUGACCCAGAGACCUGUCCCAUCAUCCCUGGCUGUGAGACCACCAUCGAAAUCUCAAAGGGCCGCACAGGCCUGGGCCUCAGCAUCGUGGGAGGCUGUGACACCCUGCUGGGAGCCAUCAUUAUCCAUGAGGUUUAUGAAGAAGGAGCAGCCUCCAAAGAUGGCAGACUGUGGGCAGGAGACCAAAUCCUGGAGGUGAAUGGCAUUGACCUGCGAGCAGCCACUCAUGAUGAAGCCAUCAAUGUACUGCGGCAGACCCCACACAGGGUUCAGCUGAAGGUCUACAGGGAUGAAACCCAGUACAAAGAAGAAGACCUGUGGGACUCCUUCACGGUGGAGCUGCAAAAGAGGCCCGGUCAGGGCCUGGGCCUGAGCAUCGUAGGGAGGAGAUCACGGGACCAGAGGAAUGACACAGGAGUGUUUGUGUCUGAUAUUGUAAAAGGCGGUUUGGUGGAUACUGACGGUCAACUGAUGCAAGGUGACCAGAUUCUGUCAGUAAACGGUGAAGAUGUGAGGACAGCCACUCAGGAGGCUGUGGCCGCACUACUGAAGUGCUGUGUGGGGUCCAUAAAGAUGGAAGUUGGCCGGUUUAAGGCCGGUCCCUUUCACUCUGAAAGAAGGCUGUCUCAAAGCAGUCAGAUGAGUGAAACGGGCAGCUCCAAGGCGACACAUAUGUCUUGUUUGGACGCGGGGAACGUUCCAGGAGAACCUGAGACACUAAGCAAAAGUCAAGAAUCCUCAGAAAAUCAGGAUAUCAGAACCAUUGAGUUCACCAAAGGUCCCAAUGACUCUCUGGGUAUCAGCAUAGCAGGCGGGGUGGGAAGCCCUCUGGGCGAUAUACCCAUCUUCAUCGCCAUGAUGAAUCCAGUCGGUCUGGCUGCUCAGACUCAGUUAAAGAUCGGAGACAGAAUUGUCAGCAUAUGCGGUACCUCCGCUGAGGGAAUGAGCCACUCACAGGCUGUCAGUCUGCUCAAGAACGCCACGGGCAAAAUACAGCUGCAGGUGGUGGCAGGUGGCGACACCACGGUGACCGGCCCGUCUCAGGAGCAGGCGGGCGGGGGCCUGACACCCAGCUGCAUCUUCCAGGAUGACAUUGGGCCACCUCAGUGUAAGACCAUUACUCUUGAAAGAGGGCCCGACGGACUGGGUUUCAGCAUCGUCGGAGGGCACAGCAGCCCCCAUGGAGACCUGCCAAUUUAUGUCAAAACAGUUUUCGGGAAGGGCGCAGCAGCAGAGGACGGCCGUCUGAAGCGAGGAGACCAGAUCAUGGCGGUCAACGGGCAGACUCUGGAGGGCGUCACUCACGAAGAGGCUGUCGGCAUCCUGAAAAGGACCAAAGGAUCCGUCACACUCACUGUGUUAUCAUAGAAAAAGACACACACACAGACACUAUAGUCAGUAUUUUUAUACACUUGCACCAAAAGUUCUACAAAGACUGAAACUUAAGUAGCAACACACAUACCUGGUGGGCCACGACUAGCAAAGGGAGGACUCACACUAGCAGUAUCUCACAGCAGGGUGAUUGUGUUCAUCUGUGAAAGUAUCCACACUGAAAUCAUGAAGAAGCUCAUUGCUCAACGUAUGUCUGCACACUGUGAUCUAUGAAUGCCCGUCGGCAGGAACACGUGAGAGGAGGUUGCACGGAAUACAGUUAAGAGUUUUCAUUAUGUGAAGCAUUCCAUGACACUGGAUUCGAGAGUGAUAUUGUAAAUGCACAGUAUUAAAACUGUUAAUACACAGUUCAAACUGCUCUGAAGGAAAAGAUGUGAAACCCUGGGAUUGUGGUUUGAGUCAGAUUGAAACUUAUUCAGUGAACUAUAGUGCUGCUAAAGCUGAUAUCUAAGGUAUUAUGUCACUGUAUUUGUUUUAUAAGUGUUAAAAUGUUCACUUCAUAUCAGUACUGUAUUGAGAAGUAAAUGAAAAGCUUUUGGGGUUUUUAUCAACAAGUGAGUCAAACUGCUCAACUAGUCAGAUGAUUAUUCAUGUGACCAGGUCCAGUUGGACUUCGUUGGUUGCCCAAAAUAAUGUAAUUCAUUGUUUAGCCUGUGAAGUCAUUGGGCAUGUGUUGUGUGGUUUUAGCUCCAGAUCGAGAGAGUCUGUGUCAUUACCUUAAAUGUGUUUGUAGUACUGUCAAAGGCGGUAUGGAGUCUAUUCACACUGAAAUAAAUAAAAGUGACCUUUGGAUUCAAUCAAGAGUCCAUGUCUGUAAUAUGUUUACUUUAAAAUGUACAGCCAAAUAUGUAAGAGUAGCAAUAAUCGCAUUCCUGAAUUAACACAAAGCUGUUAUAUUGAAAAGUCAGAAAGGAAAUUAAUUUGAGUGAAAAGGGCAGAUUUCUCUUCUUUUGAUCAACUUUUUUUUG